AUGCCGGUCAAUGUAAUUUAUCAAUACUCGCUGGUUAAUGCCCUGAUGAGCGGCGUGUCCGACUCCGGCAUCACAGCAGCGCAGCUCAUCGAGAAAGGGAAUCAAGGUCUUGGAACUUUCGUCCGCAUGGAUGGCGAGCUGCUCCUGCUCGACGGCAAAGUCUACCAGCUCCAAGCAGAGGGCCAAAUACGCGUCGCCGACCCGAUGGACCAGAUUCCCUACGCCGUCAGCACAUACUUUGAGCCUCAGCACACCCUCAACGCGACGUUGGAGAACAAAGACGCGAUCGAUACAGUGCUAGAGCGGUAUAACGAUCAUGCGAGCAAUCUCUUCAUGUCAUACAGAAUUGAGGGGCUGUUUCGACGCUUGAAAUGCCGCACGGUCAAGGGACAGGAGUACGAGAACCAGCCGCUGUCUGAGCUGGGAAAGAAGCAAUUCGUCGCCGACUAUGUGGAUAUCGAAGGCACCAUUAUUGGCUUUCGCUCACCACAGGCCUGGCAGGGUUUCUUCGUUGCUGGCGAGCACAUGCAUUUCAUUAACAAGGACAAAACAGCCGGUGGACACGUUCUUGAGCUCGAGUCUAGAGAGGUCCGGAUUGGCAUCGCGACCGUGAAUAAUAUCCACAUUGAACUGCCCACGACCGACAAAUUCAACACCGCCGUCAUGUCAACUGAUGACGUCGGAUUAAAACGCUCCAAAAAUCCCUUCUCCGUACAAUCUUGGGGUUUAGAAGACGCUUCAGACGGCUAUCGAAACCCGCCAAAAUCACCAACUUCAUCCAAUGACUCGGACCAGCAAUCCGAACACUCUUUUCCACCCACGAUCUUUGAAGAUUGCACUGUCCUCCUUGAUUGCUCCUUCGAUACAAUUGCUAGAAUAUUAUCCAUCUAUCAUGGCUCAUUCAACCCUUUCCGUUCUUCAAAUCUGUCCACUUGGCGACGAUCUCCGCUUCUCCUCGCCCUUCUCAAGUUCCUGUCCGGGACUUAUCAAAUGAAUCUGACCAACAAACCUUCUCUCUGCGUGGUUGUCAACCAGGCACGCGGAAACACUUUAGGGCAGUUGUUGUUCGACGUCUCGACCAUCAACCAGUCCCUUCCUGCCAAAAAAGUUGCAGUCCUCCUCGCGAUGGUCAUGUUUGGUCUCAGCAGCAGCUGGUACGACAUGAAAGACCUAGGACUCGCCCACUAUAACGCUGCUGCUACACUUCUUCAAGAAGUCCACUUCGAACACACGGAGAUACCGUCACAAAAUUAUCGAUUCUUUCAGGAGUCCAUGAUAUAUUGGUGGAUGAUGCUAUCAUUCGCAUGUGAUCCUUCAACACAGGAGAUCAAAACUCCACCGACUCUCAUUGGGCAAUGCGAUAGGGCCCGCCGUAUUCCUCAUCCGCUAACGGGGAUUUCGCCUCGUUCUCAGCUGCUUUUCGGCAAGGUUGGCUAUUUAGUGUUUUCACAGCGCAGAAAAGCCCUUCAACAUUCGUUGACGGCCACAGGAGACAUCCUCGAAUCACUCUCCCAAAUCGAGAAGGCUCGCAAACUUGAAUGUCAAUUACUGUCAUUGGAAAUCCCUGCGCCCAGCUGCAUCAUGGAUCCGAAGGACCCGGACACUCCAAUCAAAGAUUUGGUGACUAUUGCGGAUGCAUAUCGCAUGUGCGGCCUUUUGUUACUUUAUCAUGCCUUUCCGGAUCUCUUGGAUGUGAGACUCAAAUCCGAUCAAUCAGGCGAAACAGAUCGGAAAUACCAAAGCUCCGUCGCCAGACAACAAUGGCUCGCUUCAUUUGCGAUUUCAAUUCUGCAAAUGCUCCAAGAGAACAACGAAACUUCCGGCACCCGAACCAUCGAGGCUAUUUUGCUCCUCAUUAUAUCCGGAGAGCUCUCGCAAGGGGGGUUUUGUUCCUCUCAAAACGAGGGGGACAUAUUGUCUCGUUCGACCUCUUCUGUAAACCUGAACACAGGCCAAUCAUGGGAAACUUGCCCAUCCGAAACGUUGGUGGAAGCCAGGUCAGUUGUCAUAAAUCGGUUUGAACGCAUUCAAGCCAUCCUUCCAUUCAAGACGAUUGAUCUUCGCAAAGAUGAAAAGUUUUUGAACAAUAAAUCCAAAAAGGCAGCAUUGCCGCAGAAAGCCAGUCAGAAUAAUACAUGUCCGUUGACCAACACCUGGUGGCCGGAAAUUUUUGGUAUCACUUUCAGCACUUCUUGCUUGAUUAUCAAGGUCUAUCUCUCUGGCUACUUUAGCGGGGAUCCGCUGCGUCGGCUACCAAGUGGUUUGACACUGAAGGCCACACUUGCUAUUCUCAUGGUGGCUCCGAAGUCCAUCUUUAGCUUGUGCGGUGGCGGGAACAAUAAGCCCAAUGUAAAUGACGUUGGCUUAAGUCAGGUCAAAGCCGACGAAAAUGCCUUGGACAUAUGCAGAAGCCAGAUGAAGCCAGUCGUGGUCACCUGGGGACCAGUUGUCGUGCAACGGCGUUUCUAUGCUACAUGGGAGUCUUCGUUAUUAUUUUUGACUUGGCCUACCAGCCUUCUGUCCAGAAAGUUAUCAGCUAUCCUGUCCAAUUGA